CCUAGUGCAAAUUCUAGGCACUAUACUGCAGUUCCCACUUGAAAGUUGAUUGACACCAUGGUUAGCUGGCUAGGUGUGGUAUGUGUGUGUAUGUGAAGGCGUUGUGAAUGGUAUCUUUAUCCAUGCGAGUGAAUGGCUCUACAGUUCGUUCUCUACAGGAACGCGUCGCUUUUGUGUCGUAUUACGCAUGCGGCACUGCAGGCCGGCACCACAGUACCUCGCCUUGCAAAGUCGGCUGGUUACACGCACUUGGCGUUUCCCAAAAAACAAAUGUCUCGCCUGGCAUCGCCGGCGUACCUCUCGCCCGCCGCUGCAAUGCCCAAGCAGGGGUAUGAUUAUUUCCUCGUGCUUGACUUUGAGGCCACCUGCAGCGCAGAGAAAGGAGUGCCAACACCGCAGGAAAUCAUUGAGUUUCCAGUCCUCAAAGUUAAUGGCCAGACCUUUGAGACAGAGUCAACUUUCCACUCAUACGUCCAGCCACAGGCACACCCUCAGCUGACUUCAUUUUGCACAGAGCUGACGGGCAUUGUGCAAGAUAUGGUGGACGAUCAGCCACAUCUGCAGGAAGUGCUCAGCCGCUUUGAUGAUUGGAUGCAAAAGGAGGGCCUGCUUCAGGCACGGACAGUGUUUAUUACCUUUGGUGAUUGGGACCUGCAGAAAAUGCUCCCCUCACAGUGUGCCUACCUUGGCAUACCUGUACCGCCUUACAUGACUCGAUGGAUCAACUUGAAAAAGGCGUUCGCCGAGUGCACGGGCCACUGGCCCAAGACCCUGUUGGAUGCACUGCGCUUCUGUAGGUUGCCUCAUCUGGGACGCCACCACAGCGGCAUUGAUGACUGCCGCAACCUGACACAAUUGGUCGCCUGGUUGGCAUCGCGUGGACACCAGUUUGCGUGAGCCGGUGUUCGAGCAGGCAGAGUUGUCGCAGAAAGCCACGAUUGGGUACGAUCUCGCGGCGUGCGCGCACGAUGCGCACGGCCUCACGGGCGCUCAGUCGUCGACGCAGCAUCAGGAAGGCGAUCACCAACGUUGCCGAGCGGCUGAUCCCCUGGUGGCAGUGAACGUAAACGCGGCCCCCGGGCUCAGCCAGAGCAGAGUCGAUGAACUCUGCGGCUUCUUCGAAGAAAUGGUCCAGCCGGAAUCCGGCCAUAUCUAAUGCCUCGAUGCCCAAGAAACGGAUGCCAGCCGCCCGGUACAAUGCUGGCCCUGUGUUGACCAGGCAGAGAGAGGAGUCGCGGCCGCACGCCGCGUUGAGCACGUGUGUCACACCGAGACGUCGCAGCAUGCCCACGCAUAGCGCUGUUGUGCCAUCGCCAAGUAGGAUGCCCGGGUAGACCUCGUUGUACGGCUCGCGUGGCAGCUCCAGGCGGCCCCUGGGGCAGAGCAGGCGGCAGAGCUCGUCCUCUUCCAGUCCUGCGCAUGGCCCAGUAUUCAUGGAUAAAGGCAAAUCAUG